AUGUUGCCAUCCCAGAAAGUCGAUGAUGCUCCGGAUGCAUCUCCUAUCCCAUCACUUGACAAUCCACCAACACUUACAAAACGACCCAACUCACCACUGAGAGAUUCAAGCUUCAAGUGCACAGAAGUUGGUGAGAUUGUCAAGACCCAGGCCAGGCCCGAAGACAGUCCCCCCGACCUAAACAUUGAUGAUCUCGAAGAGGGCGAAAAAUGCGAAAUACAAACUCUGUACGAAGGUCCCCCAAAGUGUGGGUGUUGUAAGAACUGGGUAGAGGAGUACCCAGAAAACCUUCGCAUAAAUAUCGAGCAGGAGAAGGAAAUCAAGCAAAAAGCCAUCGUUGUGCGCAUGCGUAAAAGCCACAGCGAAGGAAAGCUCCUCGAGCUCGACUCAGUCGUUGUUCAGAACUCAUCGCUAAAGCAGACGCUUAGUGAAGUAUUCGAAGGUUAUCAAGGGAUCACCACGUCGCUCAAAAAGCUCGUCUUUAAAGUACCUUUCCAUCCUUUCUAUCAUCAGUGGAACAAGUUCAGUGACAUUUUGGAGAGACAGAAGAAGGAGGGUCACCCCGGCUAUGUAUUUUCUCAGCUGCUGUACAAGGUGCUACAUGCUGAGAUUCGUGGUGAGGUGGAUGAGAUCAAAGACCAUACGGAACAGGGCAUCGUCACAUUCAAGCUUCUUUGGGCUCUUUUUGAGCCGGGCACGUUGUUGUUCAGCCUCGUUGAUGGAAAAGAACGACUUUUUAUCGUUAGCCGCUAUUUCCAUCAACAGAAUAGCUACCUUACUUUGUACACCAAAUUUGUGGACUGGGAUGGCCAGGAGUUUGGAUAUGACAACCAGGUUUUCUCGAUCUGCCAGUUUUCUGGCACUAAGAACAUCACAGACUUACCCAUAUAUCCGUUUCACUUUCAUCCUUCGGCAAAUUCGGUAAGAGAACGAGCUAUCGAGCGGGGAAGGAAGUUCCAAGAACUCAAAGGAAUCCACUAUAAGGCUUACUCUGGAUCACUGAACCUUGGAGUUAGAGGUCAAGCCAUCGAGCGAAAGAUCGAAGAAAGAGUCGUCGUCGAUGCCGCCAGUUAUUUUGAUCAUAAGGGAAGCCGUCUACCGCUGGUCAGUCUAGCUGAAGACUCGAUCAAACCCAGGCUUGGAGUCGCUGACAACAACCGACACAUGGGGACCUCACUUCCGCCACCUCCGCCUCCCAUUGGGGGUUCUUAUCCUUCGAUUCCGCCGCCUCCGCCGCCCGGUAUGCGUCCUAUUCAUACUUUCCCGCCACCUCCGCCGCCCAUUGUGGGUUCUAUCCAUACGAUGGAAUCCAAAAGGGAUGGAUACCGUCAUCGACGACAUGGAAGCAUGACUGAAUCAGAACAGUCAAACGAACAGAUAGAAGAAUCAGACACCGUUCUAAACGAGAAGCAACUUCUUCUCUGCAACUCCAAAGUCAAGGCAUAUCCGCUCCAAACAAAGACAUGGGGUGAAAUCGAGGUUGAUCAUAUCACAAGCAUUGCCUGGAACGACGACGCCUUUGAGAAUUUAGUACUUCCAUCAGGUUACAAGAGCCUCGUCACAUGCUUUGUUGAGGGUCAGGCCAGGCACACGUCUGAUUUCGAUGACAUUAUCCAAGGCAAAGGACUUGGCGUCGUGAUACUCUUCAUUGGUGCUCCGGGCACUGGUAAGACUCUAACAGCAGAGGCUGUAGCUGACAAUACUCGAAAACCACUGUAUAUUCUGAGUGCGGGAGAACUAGGAAACGAAGCAGAGCAGGUAGAACGUCGUCUUAAUGAGGUCCUGCGACUGGCUGAGAAAUGGGAUGCUGUGUUGCUGUUCGAUGAGUGCGACGUGUUCCUUCAACAACGUUCAAUGGACAACUUACGACAUAACGAAAUUGUCGCUGUAUUCCUGAGAGUUAUCGAGUACUACCGUGGUAUCCUCAUCCUGACCACUAAUCGAGGCAAUGCAAUCGAUGGAGCAUUCCAGAGCAGGAUUCAUCUGACACUGCACUACCCAGACCUUGAUGCGACGGCAAGAGAGAAAGUUUGGAGGCGGUGUACUAUCGACAGCAACGCUGAGACUUCACUGAGUCAUCAGGUAUUGAAGAAUCUUGCUGAACUCCCGAUGAAUGGUCGACAGAUUCGGAAUGUUGUUAAGAUUUCUAGGAUUCUUGCAGGAAAGGAAAAGGAAAUGCUGGGGUUGAAGCAAAUUCGUACUGUCUUGGAGGCAACCCAACAGAAUAAUGGGAUGGGUUUGGAUGUUUUGGGUGCUGAUGAAAGGCAAGAUUAA